UCGUACCCGUGGCUUAUAAGACGUGCAUGGAAGGGUAAGGGUUGCUCGUAUUCUUUACUGGCCUCGCCAUAUGUGCUUAAAGCUGCCGUUGUCGUCCCUCCUAGCGUCGAUUCUUCCAAAUACCUACCUGCCACCCCCACAGCACGCCGCAUACGCGAUCUCGGAUAAGACGCGUAAGCCAUGGCACGAAGCUUCGUACACGACCCCUUCUCACACCACCUUCCAGCACAGUUAGUCGAUCACGACAUCCCGUCCUUACCUGCUGAAGACGGCCAAGUUCUUAUCCGAUUCCUCUCAGCUCCUGUCAACCGGGUAGACCACCUAGUCCUGUCUGGGAAAUACCCAGUGAAACCCCGCUAUGCCGUCGAAGGCAAACUGGUGCCUGGUUUUGACGGUUGUGGGAUUGUGUUGGAGUCUAGGUCGUCUAAAUUCGGGGAAGGAGAUCUGGUGCUCCCUCGGGAACUAGGCAUCGGUACAUGGCGAACCCAUGCUGUCUUACCCGACACAACGCUCAUGAAACUUCCUCGCGGCGUACGGCCCCUGGACGCCGCGUUGCUGCGUUCAGGGGCGCUUGUCUCUUGGUUGCUGCUGGAAGAAGUUGCACCCUUAUCACGGGGAGAUUCUGUCAUUGUGUCGGCAGGGACGAGCUGCGUAGCCCAAUUCCUAGUUCAGUUGGCGACUCGCAAGGGUGUCAACGUGAUACUCGUCAUCAGGGAUCGCGAGGAUAUCGACGCGGUCAAGACCAAACUGCUGAAUCUCGGCGCCGCUCUAGUGCUGACCGAGACUGAGCUGGCAACCGAGGGAAACGCUCGCUUCCCAGGCAAGGUGGUGCUGGCUCUGGAUUCUGUGUUUGGCACGGUCGGCCAGCACCUAGCUCACUCGCUCUCACCCGGGGGAAAAUAUGCAUUGGUUGGCAUGUUAGCGGGGCCAGCGGCUAGUAUUACGGUCGAUACGACGCACCUGUUCUAUAAGCAGUUAUCCUUUGUCCCGUUCCGGAGCUCCGAGAUCCUGAAAAGCAUGGGUGGUGACGAGGUAGAACGGUUGGUGGCAAAGAUUGCUGGUUUCUUUAUUGAUGGAAGCUUGAAAACUCCCGAACUCCGUGCCGUGUCUUGGGACGAUCGUGGGAAGGAUGAAAUCGAAGAGGCUUUAAGGCAAGCUACCGAAAUGGCGCAAAGCAAGCAAGCGGGAUAUAAGAAGACAGUGUGGCUUCUGUAGAUCCCUGUCGCAUCAUACUAUGGGCAUACAUCACAGUCCUGAGAAGUUAAGGGUUCCGCAUCUUGUUUUGACACCGUCCAACAGACACCGGAGUGUACGGUUCAUUAGGGUCUAUAGGACCACCUGCCCUAUUUCAACGACCCUUUUCUACAUAUAUUCUUCCAUUACGUGUAACAGUUUCAUGUAUUCCUCUAUUAUACGCAACAUUUUCGUGCUAUUGGCAAGUUCGUUCGGCUGAGCUAUUCUUUACCUUAACCUCAAUCCAAGCACACAUGAAGAUAGACAUAACUCAAAGGCAUGUCGCCUACAGUACGCAACGAAUGUUUAUUAUUGCCGGUUAGCUGGUACAUAAUAAUACGUUCUGAAUUAGUAUGCCGUGUGAACUGAUUCGGGUUCACGCUCGCUAUUUGGUUAUCAUUCUAUAAAGACACACAA